AAUCAGACCAGCUUCCACCCGGCUUCCUUCAUCCUCGUUGGCAUCCCAGGCCUGGAGGGGUACCACAGCUGGAUCGCCGUCUCCUUCUGCCUGAUGUACGUCGCGGCUCUUCUGGGCAACUUCUUCCUGCUCUUCCUGAUUGCAACGGUGCGCAGCCUCCACCAGCCCAUGUACUUCUUCUUGGCCAUGCUGGCGGUGGCUGACCUGGCCUUGUCCUCCUCCACCGUGCCCCAAACCCUGAGCAUCCUCCUCUCGCCCCAUUCCCAGGAGAUCUCCUUUGGGGCCUGCCUCGCCCAGAUGUUCACCACUCACACAAGCUUCAUCACGGAGUCGACGAUCCUGCUGGCCAUGGCCUUCGAUCGGUAUGUCGCCAUCUGCUGCCCGCUGCGCUACACGGUGAUCCUGACGCCUGCUGCCAUCGCGAAGACUGGUGUGGCCGCUCUCGCCCGCAGCUUCUGCGUGAUGGUCCCGGUUGUUUUCCUCCUCAGGAGGCUGCCGUACUGUGGGCAGAGGGUGAUGCCCCACUCCUACUGCGAGCACAUGGGCAUUGCCCGCAUGGCCUGUGCAGACAUCACCGUCAACGUCUGGUACGGCUUCGCCACCACCCUUCUGUGUCCAGGCGUAGACGUGAUGCUCAUCACGGCCUCCUACGCUCUCAUCCUCCGGGCCGUCUUCAGGCUGCCCUCCAGGAAUGCCCGGCUCAAGGCGCUGGGCACCUGUGGCUCCCACCUCUGUGUGAUACUCCUGUUUUACACGCCGGCAUUUUUCUCAUUCUUCGCCCACCGCUUUGGCCGUGGCAUCCCUCAGUAUGUUCUCAUCCUCUUGGCCAACGUCUACCAGCUGCUCCCACCCGCACUAAACCCAGUCAUCUACGCCGUGAAAACCAAGCCAAUUCGGGAACGGCUGGCCCAGGCCUUCGCACAAGCUGGGCAGCGGUGCUGA